AUGUGUGUGACACAUGCUUUUUCUGUGGAUUCCAAUGAACUUUUACAACAGGAAUGGGAAGUGUUCAAGCUACAACACAAUAAAAACUAUGAAGAAUCUGAAGACGAGAAACGUUUACAAAUUUUCAUAAAAAAUAAGAUUUACAUUGCUAAACAUAAUCAGUUAUACGAGAAAGGCGAACGAAGCUAUAGUUUAGAGAUGAACAGAUUUGGAGAUUGGACAGAUGAAGAAAUCGACGAGAGAUUAUAUGGUUACUAUGAUAUUAAGAGGCAUUUCAAAAAAACUAAAGGAACUCCGUACACCCCUCCGGCCAACUACAGACCACCUAGCCGUAUGGACUGGCGUAGAUUGGGAGCUGUAACCGCGGUUCAAGAUCAGACGCCUUGUGGAUGUUGUUGGGCUUUUAGUGCCAUCGGGGCAUUGGAGGGUCAGCUCUACCAAGCACAAGACCGCCUAGUUAAACUAUCGGAACAGCAACUUGUAGAUUGCGCAGAUGAACAUUACGGUAAUUUUGGCUGUAGAGGAGGUUCACCGGCAAACGCAUUUGACUAUACAGUGGAAUUUGGCGUUGAAACGGCAAGAAAGUACCAAUACAUUAGCCAACAAAAAAAAUGCGAUUACAAAAAAAAAUUUGUUGCUGUCAAAGCUUCAGACUACUUGCUCAUUUCGCCUACUGAAGACAAUCUGAUGAAAACCGUUGGGAAAUUUGGACCUGUCUCUGUUGUCCUCGACGGACGUAAUGCAGAUUUCUUGUUCUACAAACACGGUGUUUACUACAACCCUUUGUGCCGCAACAAAAGUGGAUUAAAUCAUGCAGCAUUGGUAGUUGGCUAUGGUGCUCUGGAAGUCGAAGGCGAUUACUGGCUCAUCAAGAACUCCUUCGGUACUGACUGGGGUUACGAGGGAUACAUGCUUUUGGCUCGGAAUAGAGAAAAUAACUGUGGUGUGGCCACUAACGCUACUCUUCCUGUAGUUGGUGCUCGUGUCGAUUUUAUUAAGUCCAAAUAUUAA